UCGAUGGCUCUAUUUGAAUAUAUACAUAGAGAAACUCUCCAUUGUUCAUUCUUGUCACAGAACUAGCUUCCAUGGAGAAACACUCCAUUCUUAUCCUCUUUCUUGCAUUUUCUUUAUCAUUGCUUCAGGGAAAUUUGGCUUCUGAUGCAGGAAGUCCUGAUGGAUCCGAACAAUGGGGCUACGUCGAAGUUCGACCCAAGGCACAUCUAUUUUGGUGGCUUUAUAAAAGCCCUUGUAGGGUUGCAAAUUCAUCCACUCCAUGGCCAACAAUUCUGUGGCUGCAAGGAGGACCAGGGGGUUCUGGUGUUGCAUUUGGAAAUUUCCUAGAGAUUGGACCACUAGACAGCAACUUGAAUCCAAGAAAUUCCACAUGGCUCCACAAAGCAGAUCUUUUAUUUGUGGAUAGUCCAGUGGCAACAGGAUUUAGUUAUGUGGAAGACAAUGGAUUGGUGGUUAGGACUGAUGAAGAGGCAGCAAAUGAUUUAACUGCCUUGUUGAAGGAGCUCUUCAAUGGAGAUGAGAACCUCCAAAAAAGUCCUCUCUACAUAUUUGCAGAGUCUUAUGGAGGCAAAUUUGCAGCGACUCUUGGGGUUUAUGCUCUGAAAGCUAUUGAAGCAGGAGAAUUGAAGAUGCAGUUAGGGGGAGUUGCUUUGGGUGAUAGCUGGAUUUCACCUGAACAUUUUGUGCUUACAUGGGGACCUCUACUCAAAGACCUAUCAAGAAUGAACAACAGGGGCUUAAACAUCUCAAACAGUUUAGCUCUACAGAUUCAACAGCAGCUCGCGCAAGGUAAAUUUGUAGAUGCUACAUCAACAUGGAGUGAUCUUGAGAAUGUUAUUCUUGACAACAGUAACAAUGUGGACUUCUACAACUUCAUGCUUGAUUAUGAAAAUGAUCCGGUGAUUGGGACCUCCACAGAGAGAUCAAAAAAAGGUGUUUCUACUGAUAGGUACUCGAGAUAUCUUGAGACCAGGUAUUUUCCAUCAACUGGUUCUAAUGCAGGGAGCAGUAAUCUUUAUGACUUGAUGAAUGGGCCCGUCAGGAUAAAGCUAAAGAUCAUUCCUGAAAAUGUCACUUGGGGAGGACAAGGUCGCUUGGUCUUUCCAGCUUUAGUGGAUGAUUUCAUGAAGCCCAGAAUCCAAGAGGUUGAUGAGCUGUUGGCCAAAGGCAUAAGAGUGAUAGUCUACAAUGGCCAACUUGAUCUCAUAUGCUCAACCAAAGGAGCAGAAGCAUGGGUUAACAGACUCAAGUGGGAUGGGUUGAAGAAUUUUCUGAAACAGGAACGUACUCCUUUGUAUUGCAAGAAUGAUAAUACAACUACAAAAGGGUUUAGAAGCUCAUACAAGAAUUUAUCUUUCUUUUGGGUCAUGGGAGCAGGCCAUUUUGUACCAGUGGAACAACCUUGCAUUUCUCUUGAGAUGGUGGAACUUGUUACUCGAUCCCCCAAAUAGUUUUUAGUAAUUAUGCAUUUUGGGGCAAUAACUUCUAGCAAAUAAUUGUCUUCAAGAAAAGUUCAUAAAUUCUUUUCUUAAGAAAGAAGGCUUGAAUGAUUCUCAUGUGUAUAUAUAUGAGAUAUUAGUUAUUGGAUGACCAUUAUUUAUUUUUA